AAUCUGAUCUAAAGCUCUGACAGCUCCUGACCCCGCGGCCGCUGCGCGUCUGGCGUGUUGCGAUUCAAAAAAAAAAAUGAUGUCACGCGAAGCCACAAGAGGACCUGGGAUUUACCAAAUACCUUCUAGUUGAGCAGGAGUCCUGCCAAGUAAAGGACAGCCUCCUCCUCUCCUCCUCCUCUUCCAGCGGCGACAAGUGCAGAGAAUCGACGGAGGAGAAUUGAGCAAAUUAUCUACUUUUCCGCUCCCCUUCCUGGACAGUAACGAUCGGCGAGGUCUCGGCUCUCCGCACGGCGUUAUCGAGCGACCCACGGCCGCCCUGAUUGUCCGCAAUCAGCGUCAAUAAACGGAGCGACCGGCGCCGGUGAUUUGGAGGGGGGGGUUCCCCGACAGAUGAUGCCCUUUCCAGCGGGCCGGUGAGGAGCUCCACCGACCCCCGGCUUCUCUCCAGCAGCUUCCUGUUGUUGUUGUAGCGGAGCGGUUGAUGCGGAGGUGAUGGACGGUCCUCUCCGCCGCCCAGCGGGUAUCCUCGGCUCCCCCCCAGCUUCUGGGAGCCAGCCCGCGGGCUCCGACAUGCUCACCUCCGGCGGCAGCAGCAGCAAGCCUCUCGCUUUCUCCAUCGACCGGAUUAUGGCCAGGACGCCCGAGCCCAAGUCGAUACCGCUCCCCAGUUGGUUCCAGUCCGCUCCCGUGGGGAAACCAGACGUGUGUCCGUCCUCCUUGCAUUGCAUGAUCCCGCUGGUGCCGCUCGGGUACGAGCCGGGCCACCGGCUCAGCAUCACCGGGCUGGACUCGGGACACUUUGACGCGUCCUCUCUGGCCGCUCCCGCAGACAUUUUGGGCUUUGGUUUGAACUAUAAGAACCAGCCUGAGGACUCCGCUGUGAGCCAGACCGUCGGCCAGUACAAACUCUUCAGACCCCGGGUGGUCAACCAGUCCUCCUUCCCCACCAUGGGCACCGUGUGCUACCUGAACUGCGGCGGGGACAGCGGCGCGUGUCCGCCUCCGGCCGGCCUGGUCAACCUGCACCCCAUGGCCUCGUACCUGCUGACCGCCCGGCACAAAGCCUUCAUGACGGAGAAGAGCAAACCGGGCCUGCAGCAGGCCGGGGAACGGUACCCGGUGUCCGGGGUGCAGGCCUUUAAAGAGCUGUCUCAGAGCCACAUCCAGCACUACAUGAAGGAGCGGGACCAGAUCCUCACCGACAAGAUCUUUAAAGGUUCGGCGGCGGCGGCGGCGGCGGCUGCCCGGCUCAGCGGCUCCUGCCCCGGAAACAAACCCAAAGUUUUCACCUGUGAAGUCUGCGGAAAGGUGUUUAACGCGCACUACAACCUAACCCGCCACAUGCCCGUGCACACCGGCGCGCGCCCGUUCGUGUGCAAAGUUUGCGGGAAAGGCUUCCGUCAGGCGAGCACACUGUGCCGCCACAAAAUCAUCCACACUCAGGAAAAACCGCACAAAUGUAACCAGUGCGGGAAAGCCUUCAACCGCAGCUCCACCCUCAACACGCACACGCGGAUCCACGCGGGAUACAAACCAUUCGUGUGCGAGUUUUGCGGGAAAGGAUUUCACCAAAAAGGAAACUACAAGAACCAUAAACUGACGCACAGCGGAGAGAAGCAGUUCAAGUGUUCAAUCUGCAGCAAAGCAUUCCACCAGGUGUACAACCUCACCUUUCACAUGCACACGCACAACGACAAGAAGCCCUUCACCUGUCCCACCUGCGGGAAGGGCUUCUGCAGGAACUUUGACCUGAAGAAACACAUCAGGAAGCUGCACGACCCGGCCGGAGCGCAGUCGCCCCCGCAGGCCUGAGACACAGCUCUGACCUCUGAACUCUGACCUGAGAAGUGACUUUGGAGCCUUCAUCACAACAUGCCCCCUCUCCCCAAAAAAAGAAAUAGCAAAGUCAAGUAUCCAUGCAUCAGAUUCACAAACUGCUGUAGGUGCAAGAAGGUGAUUUAUCCUAAAUUGCAAGCAUUUAACUCUUGUUUCUUUAGUAUAUUUCUACGCUCUAAAUUUCCAAGUUUGAGUAAAAAUAUGACUAAAACCCACUCUGCAGACAAACUGACAUCUGAUAAUAACAAUAAUAAUAAUAAUAAUAAUGUGCUACAUAUACAUUUGCUUGCUCCAUAUGGCAUUUCAGUUUCCUCAAAUUUAUAAUUUAUUCCUAAUUUCCCCUAAAUUCUUCUUCUAAAUGACUUAAAAUAGUCUUCUGUUCCUUCUUGUGAUGUGUUGAAACUCUAAACUCUUAGAGCUACAUGUUAAUUCUGCCCCAGUCCCCAUUUCUGGGCUAAACCGUCUGUGAAUUUGAUCUAAGGCAAAGAAGCUGAGAAAAUAUUCACAUCAGAGAAUUAAAAAAGAAGCUGUUUUUGGUUCUAAAGUCACUAAAGGAGUAUUGAUAAUGUGACAAGGGUGUGUUUUACGCUGUAUUGUUGCUGCUGACUCUGUCUUUACCAUCCAUUAGUAUUUUUCUUGAUAGUAGCCUGUAGGAAAAACUCAGGGCCAAGAAAGCUACGUCACCUGCCCACAUUUCUGUGAAAAAAUCUAUAAAAAGAUCCUGUAAUUGGACCAGUUAAGUAAGGCACAUCGACUCACGACUUCAGUAUUUACAAAAUUCUAGAUAUAUCCAAUGAAUUCUGACAGUAUUUUUUCCAGUUAAGGUGAAUUUCACGCCUCCUCAUUCAGUUUGGUGUCAUUUUUCAGAGCGUUAUCUGUAUUUUCCUCACUUUAAACAAAGGAUCCUGUUUGAUUUCCUCAUUUUUUCAUUUUUAAAAACAGACCCUUGUACAAAUAUCCCUCAUAUUUCACCCAAACAUGACCCCGUCUCUGACUCCUUCAGUCACACCCCAGGCCUGUGGACCUGAAAUUUAACCUCACCCUUGAACUUGACCCUAUGAGAAAAAAAAGAAAGAAAGAAAAAAAAAGCCAUCAGGACACUUCCUUAUCCCACGGAGCCCCCCAGUGGACCCUCAGACUUGAUACAACACUGACCCCUGACCUCUGACCUCUGGGCCUUCCUGACUGGCUGCAAUGCUUCUGUGUGAUGGACUCAUCGAGGGCACUGUGAACUUCCACCUUCAUCCCUCUGAUCAUUAGUGGAUCAUUAUCAUGGUGGCUAAGAACUGUCUCAUUAGUCAUCAGUGAUUACCUUCAGUUGCAUCUCAGGAUGUGAGAUUGAUGAACUCUGUGACCAGAGAUGUCGUGGAAGCCAAACAGUGACUCACAUCUGAACAGAUUCUAUUGUGAAAAACAUGACUUAUACCAAUAGAUUAAACACAGCUGCUGAUAAAAAUAUGUUUUUCCUCUUGUCAACAAAUCCCAUAAUGUGCAAGACUAAGGUAUCCUCUUCCUAUGCACCAUAGAGCUCCACUGAUGUCCAAAAACACUAUUCAAACAUAUCCAUGAGCCACAGACUUUCACUACUAUGAAGUCAUAUGCAGUAGUUCAACUGGAUUCAGCCCCACAUACAGCCUCCACGAUAUCACUACAGGACUGAAAGGAGAUUAAUACGCCACUGAAAAUAGUCCCCCAAAAAUGCACUGUUUCUUCCUGUUCUACAUGACUUCUAGUUUAAAGAAAUUACCAGACCUUUUUAAAAAUGCUGUAUUUUGGGGGUGAGUCAGUGAUGGUCUGAGAUGAAAUAUGGGAUUUCUUUACAAUAAGAAAAGUAUACUUGUAAAAAGAGUUUAUGACAUUCACAAUGUGUCACAACAGAAUCAGACUGGUAUUUCUUAUUGCUUUUAUUUAGAGUUUAAAUUUAAAAAAAAAAAAAAAA